ACAUUUGGAUCUUAAUCGUUCCGAAAGACGGCCGUCUUUCCUAUGGGAAAUUUUGUAACUGGACUGUGCUCAGUUUGUUUACGAUUUGGGAUAAUGGAGCGCUGGGUCGGCAAGACAGCCGUGGUGACAGGCGCUAGUGCGGGGAUCGGGGCGGCGGUGUGCGUCGCACUAGCUGACGCUGGGAUGAAGGUCGUCGGGCUCGCGAGGAGAGCGCCGUUAGUUGAGGUUGGUGAUGUUCUCAGGAUAAUGGAGCGCUGGGUCGGCAAGACCGCGGUGAUGAAAGGCGCUAGUGCGGGGAUCGGGGCGGCGGCGGUGUGCGGCGCUGUAGCUGACGCUGGGAUGAAGGUCGUCGGGCUCGCGAGGAGAGCGCCGUUAGUUGAGGUUGGUGAUGUUCUCAGGUUAAUGGAGCGCUGGGCCGGCAAGACCGCGGUGGUGACAGGCGCUAGUGCGGGGAUCGGAGCGGCGGUGUGCGGCGCGCUAGCUGACGCUGGGAUGAGGGUCGUCGGACUCGCGAGGAGAGCGCUGUUAGUUGACGUUGGUGAUGUUCUCAGGAUAAUGGAGCGCUGGGCCGGCAAGACCGCGGUGCUGACGCUGGGAUGA